AAAAGUAGAAUUCUUCCAACAACAUACUUGCCAUACCAAGCACACAAUCCAACAAGAACUUAACAAGUCUGGGACGAGAAUUCCCGGAAAAACGAAAAACGGCGGAUAAACAAUAGUAGCAGCAUACAAAUAAUUGUCGGACUAUUUGGCUACCAGUUGUACGUGCCUGUGUGUAUUUGUUUAUUUCAUCAACAUGGAAGAGUUAAAUGAGAUUUUAGAAAUGACUAGGGACAAAUCAACACAACGGGAACAAGAUGAGAUCUUGCUGCAACCCUUCACCUACAUCCAACAAAUUCCCGGAAAACAAUUCCGUUCCCAGCUAUCCUUGGCCUUUAACUAUUGGCUGAAUAUACCGCAAGAGAAACUCUCGGAAAUUGGAGAGAUUGUUCAGAUGCUUCACAAUUCCAGUCUGCUCAUUGAUGAUAUUGAAGACAAUUCAAUACUUCGCAGAGGUGUUCCAGUUGCCCAUUCCAUUUAUGGUGUGCCCAGCACAAUCAAUGCAGCAAAUUAUGUAUUAUUUUUAGCGCUCGAGAAGGUCCAGCAAUUGGGGCAUCCAGAGGCCACCAAAGUCUAUACGGAACAGCUGUUGGAACUACAUCGAGGUCAGGGUAUGGAAAUAUAUUGGCGUGAUAGCUUCACCUGCCCCUCGGAACAGGAAUACAAACUGAUGACAGUGCGCAAAACUGGCGGCCUAUUUAUGCUGGCCAUACGGCUAAUGCAAUUGUUUAGCAGCAACAAAGAGGACUUUUCCAAACUAACCGCCAUUUUGGGGUUGUAUUUUCAAAUACGCGAUGACUAUUGUAAUCUCAGUCUGAAGGAGUAUUCCGAAAACAAAAGCUUUGCCGAAGAUUUAACCGAGGGCAAAUUCGGUUUCCCUGUCAUACAUGCGGUGCAAACCCAAAAACACGAUAAACAGGUGCUGCAUAUUUUACGCCAGCGCACCCACGAUGUGGAAGUGAAAAAGUAUUGCAUUACAUUGCUGGAAAAAUUGGGCAGUUUUCGUUAUACCCGCAACGUGCUGGAAUCUUUGGAUGAAGAAGCCAGAGCAGAGGUAAAACGUUUGGGUGGCAAUCCCUAUAUGGAUAAAUUGCUGGAUAAGUUAUUGUCAUGGAAGACAUCCGAAAGCAAUUGCAAUGAGGCCAGCUCUACUUCUAGCGCGCGCACCAAUUCAACGGGCAACUAACAACCAAAGAGGCAAAGAAGGGAAGACUGAUAAAUGACCUGAUCCACUUAACCACAAAACCAAACAAAAAAACCUUUUUUGCUGUUAAAAAAUAUUUUGAAAAGAAAGAAAGUCUAUAUGGAGGCGUUAUUUUUUUAAACGAAAAUUCUAUUCUCGAAAUUAGCCUAAGCGUCUAAUGUGUUGUAAAAAUGGUUCCAAACUCAAAUGCUAUCGCUAAAUGUUGUCUUUUGUAAAUCGUACUUUAUAUUCUUAUUAUUAUUAUUACUAUUACAUUUAUUAUUAUUAGUUUAGGUUUAAUGGAAUUUAAGAAGGAGAUUAGUAUUUUUAAAAAACCAAAUCUGGAAAUCUUAAAUUCUUAAAACCAUUAUUGGUUCCAGUGUGCUUAACUCCUUUCUGCUGCUCUAUGUUGUAUAUUUCUUUGUCAUUUUAUAUAUGUAUAUUGAAAAAGUGCUAUAUACAAAUUUGAAUGUUAAACAAAUUAUAUUAUACAAUUGAAUCAAUGCACCACCUUAAACAAGAAAUCAGAAAAAUAUAUAUAUAAAAUAUAUAUUUUUAAAAAUUCUAUAUAUAGAAACAAAAUGUAAGAAUAUAUUACAUGUAUUAUUUUUUUGGCAUUUUA